AUGAUUCAUUUCGUUCUUCUCAUCAGCCGACACGGGAAAAUCAGACUAACUCCCCUUUAAAUUGGAACAAAAUCCUGUUCAAAUUUAGGGGGUAAUCUUUUAAAAAAAAAAUUAUAUAAAAAAGCAAAAUUGAGCGCAAUGCUUUUUAAUUUAACUUAAUUUUAUGAAGAAUUAAUUCAAGAAAUUAAUCAUUUAGAGUUUAAAUGUUUAAAUAAAAUUCUACUUGCGCUUCUUCAAUUAGACUAGGCCAAAAAUAAUUUUAUAAAAGUUAGUAUUUUCACCUAUAAAAUUGAAAAAAAAUUUAUAUGUGAGUUAAAGGAAUCAAAGCAUGUAAAUUUUGCCUGUAUUUUGUUUUAAUUUAAACAAGGGGAAGUAAGCAAAUGGUUUACUACUUAUUCACAGAAAGAGAGAGAAGCGAUUAUGAAGGAGGUCAAACCAAUGGUGAUAGGGAGAAACAGUAAGCUAUGCAAUUUCUUACUCCCCUUUAAAUUAGGUUAAAUAUUGUAAAUUAACCCUUUAAAUUGGAACAAAAUUUCAAAUUUUAUAGGUAAAAAAAUAAUAAUUUCUAUAUAAAUAGCUUUAAGACCCAAGUAAUGUGCCAAAUUGAAAUUUAGAUAUCAAUUACUCUAUUCUAAAUGCAGGAUCAUACUACUUAAGAUUAUUUUUAUAAGCAUUAUUAUGAAAAUUUUAUGUAAAUUUGUAUUAAAUUUGUAUUUUAAAAAAAAUUUAGCUUAUUCAAAUUGGAAACAAUUUCUUUCGUACAAUUUUAAAUAGGAGGAAGUUAGAAUUCCAAGAAUAUACGCUCGUAGCUAAGAGGUAUGCAAGCUUAUAUUUUGCUUUUUGCAUUGAUAAAGACGACAAUGAGCUACUGACCCUCGAUAUCAUGCAUUUCUAUGUGGAAUUACUUGAUAAGUACUUCAAAAACGUAUGCGAACUUGACAUUAUUUUUAAUUUUCACAAGGCCUAUUACAUUCUUGACGAGAUGAUCGCGGGAGGAUAUAUUAUUGAAACUAGCAAAAAACAAAUCAGCAAAUAUGUCGCGAACCAAGACGAAAUUAUGGAAGAGUCAAAGGAAGAAACAACAGCUAACGCCUAGUCUCAAUAAAAGGGAAAUGUCUCAAAGUAUUUAGAAGCUAUUUAAAAUUAGAGACAAAAUUAUAAAUUAUAAAAUAGCCAAAUUAAAUAAAAAAAUUAUCAGGGGGGUAAGAAAAAGUAA